UGUCUCCUUUUGUAGAGGAUCUGACCUCAACAACUUUGGGGCUGCACCCCAGCAGAAGAAGCUGCAGGCAGAGCUCUCCGACCUGUCAGCCAUGGAAGACGCCUUGGAUGAGUUGAUUAAAGACUGUGCUCAGCAGCUGCUGGAGUUAACAGAUGACAAAGAAAAUGAAAGACUAGCAUACGUAACCUAUCAGGAUAUCCACGGCAUUCAAGCUUUCCACGAACAGAUUGUCAUUGCAGUGAAGGCUCCAGAGGAAACCAGACUGGAUGUUCCGGCUCCCAGAGAAGAUUCUAUCACAGUACAUAUCAGGAGCACCAAAGGACCCAUUGAUGUGUAUUUGUGUGAAGUAGAACAGAGCCACUCAAAUGGUAAAGCAAUUGAUGGAAUGGGGGCCUCUCCAUCCAAAAGCAAACAUCCACAAUGCCCAGAGAAAGAAGACAAGCCUCCUCAGUGAGUGAAGAACUUCUCAGAGUGAGCAGCUGAUAGCAGUGCAGAGUGACAAAGGUCUUUGGAGCAUCCCGUGUGGGUGAAUCAUGUGCCCAUUUGCUCCUCAGCAGUAAGUCUCCUCAGAGUGCUCCUGUGCUCUUUCUAAACUAGUCGCAGCACUGAAGACCCAUCGUGUUCUCCCAAGUAGCCUCCAUCAUAGGUUCCUGGAUGGGUUCCCCAUUCUGAAUCAGCUCUUUCGAUAAUUCUUCACUGUCUUUUGUCAGUGAAAUAGACCUCUUGCCUCCUGAAAUCAUUUCAUCACAAAGACUAGCACAAGGAAAGACAGCUGGCCAGCUGCUCGUGGACUGUGCCCUGCCCUGAUGGAUAGCGUUUGCUUCACAGAAGAGUUGCCUUACACUGGUUCACAUUUGCAGUUAGAUGUUGUGCACUGGUGAGGUGUACACAUGGGGCCAAAUGUGGCGCCUUUGUAUAUAUCUGUAUCAUGUUUAGAUUGCUUAUGAAAUAUGUCUAAGUGACAUUUAUGCCCUAGGACACCCAAAAUAAUGUAUGUAGGGAAAAUGACAGACAGAUCUCUAGUUCCUCGGUCCCUGUAACUUAUUAGAACCCUCUGGAUGGGAGCGAGAGGAGUUUUCUAAAGUUUUACAUGUAGAAGUUUCACAGAUGCCUGUAUAUUUAGGUUCAUAUACUUAAAGUAUUUUAAUGUGGUCCCCAGUGCUACAAUCGGAGCCACAUACUUCUUGAUUUUAAGUUGCCUACAGAGUCAUCAUGUCCCAGUAGAUUUACGACAUGCCUCAAAGCAUUGGGGGCAAAUAGAGAAUUCUGUCUGGCAACAGAUCAGUUCACUACAAUGUGGAUUUGGUCCUGGUGAGAUUAAAAGCAUUAUUACGCUUUUUGUGAGCAGAUUUUAUACUGUUUCUGUGGUCAGCCUUGCUCCUCGGUCAGAGGGCCUUACCGCCUGUGCAUUGUACCCCUCUCCAGCUCUCAUCCCGCCUUCCCAAUCACCUAGCGCUCUACCUCAGUGGGUAAGUCAUUUACCUCUCUGUGCCUCUAUUGACUCAGUAAUUUACCACUAGACUGUGAGCUCCAUGAGAGACACUCCCAGCGCCUUGUACCACCACGCCUAGUCCAAAACAAGUGCCCAGUGAAUGUCUAGCAAACUCGUGAGUGGGCGAGUGCAAUGUGGGGCUGAUGGAACCUGGCUUGUAGUUGUACAGGAGUCUGGGAAGCACCAUUAGUGUGUUAAACCUCUCUUGCUUUAUAAAAGAUUGGAAGCAGCUUGAAAUAACAAUCAUGUAUACAAAGUAGGGAUCCAAAAUAAAGGAUUAAAAAGACA